UCCGUGUCCUCUCGGACCAGACAGCAGGGAAUGGGACACAAGGGAAGGAUUAUUGUACCCAUUUCAGCUCAGAGAUGGUGCUUGUGCCACAUGAGCUGAGACAGGCCCUCUGCUGCCGCUUCAAGACUAUACUGACUCUGCCUUCUGUUCUCCACAUUCCCACCUGUCCCCUGGGGCAUUCAGAAAGUCGAUGCCGGCAGUGAUGUGGGGCAACUGCAGCCUCUGUGAGAAAGGGAGACUGGCUCAGCUGCACGGGGCCCAGAGUUUACUGGUAAUCGUAAGAGAGACACUAGGCUCUUUCUGCACAGGAGACGGCAGUAGGAGCUGUCAGUUCCCAGAGAUUGCAGCUACUGCACCAACACUGACCCCAUUCAGCCGCCCCCAUUGCAUGCCAGUCAUUGCCAUCCCCGUGGUUGUGCUCCAUUAUUCUGAUAUGCUGGAUAUCAGGGGCAAGAAAUUCAGUGAGCAUCCACUCAGGGCUGCCGUGUACCUUCCCACGAGGCCCAGCCUAGACGACAGCAUGGCAAUCCUUUUCAUCUUGGCAGUGGGCACCGUCAUGAUUGGUGGCUACUGGGCAGGGCUUCUGGUAGCAGCGAAACCUCAGCUCACAGAGCACCAGGAUGAAGAGGACGAGGAAUACAGUGACAAAGUGGUUGACUGCACCCUCACCAUGAUCUGUGUUACCAUAGCAACGUCCUCCUCGCUGCUACGCUUCUCUAUUGCUUCCAUAAUCACUUUGUGAGUGUCAUGAUUGGGAUAUUCUGCUGCAUUUCCUCCAAAGCUCUCUACAGUUGCAUCUCUCCUUUUGUGAGAAGAAUCCCACUUGGAGAAUGCAGGAUCCACUUGCCCUGUUUACACAA